GUAAUCGCGACUUUUCAGUGAAUUUUGAGAGGGAAGAGACCGGAAAGAGGGGCGCGCGCGCUUCCUCGUCGAGUCGGAAGUGCAGGUCGGGUAGGUCGGAAGGUUCAUCCUCGAGGACGACCCAAAGUGAUAACAGAGGUCCAAAGUGGGUCCCCUUCGAGGUCGACAGGAUGAGGUCCUGCCUGCUGCUGCUACUGCUCACGGCCGUGGCACUAGCUGAGAACUUGUCGAGAGUGAAGCGUCAGGAAGAGAAAAAGGAGGAGAGCUUCGAAAGCGAGAUCUGCAAGGACAAGGACGCCGGCGAAUGGUUUCGCCUGGUAGCCGGAGAGGGUGACAACUGUCGAGAUGUCAUACAAUGCACCAGCUCGGGUCUGCAGGCCAUCAGGUGCCCAGCAGGUCUGUACUUCGACAUAGAGAAGCAAACCUGCGACUGGAAGGACGCGGUCGACAAUUGCAAGCUGAAGAACAAGGAGAGGAAAGCUAAGCCUUUGCUCUACACCGAUGAGCCACUUUGCCAAGAUGGCUACCUGGCUUGCGGGGACGGAAGCUGCAUCGAAAGGGGUCUCUUCUGCAACGGAGAAAAGGACUGCAGUGACGGAUCCGACGAGAACACCUGUGAUAUGGACAACGACCCUAACAGAGCUCCACCUUGCGACCCUGCAGUGUGUGUCCUUCCUGAUUGCUUCUGCUCAGAGGAUGGCACCACGGUCCCAGGAGACCUCCCACCUAAAGAUGUGCCCCAGAUGAUCACCAUCACCUUCGACGAUGCCAUUAACAACAACAAUAUCGGCCUCUACAAGGAGAUGUUCAACGGCAAGAGGAAAAACCCGAACGGCUGCGACAUCAAGGCGACCUUCUUUGUGUCCCACAAAUAUACUAACUAUUCUGCGGUCCAGGAGAUGCACAGGAAGGGCCACGAGAUUGCGGUGCACUCUAUCUCGCACAACGACGAUGAGCGCUUCUGGUCGGACGCCACGGUCGACGACUGGGCGAAGGAAAUGGCCGGCAUGAGGAUCAUCGCCGAGAAGUACGCAAACCUGACAGAUAAUAGUGUGGUGGGAGUGCGAGCACCCUAUCUGCGUGUGGGUGGAAACAACCAGUUCACCAUGAUGGAGGAGCAGGCCUUCCUGUACGACUCCACCAUCACAUCAGCCCUGAGCAACCCACCGCUCUGGCCAUACACCAUGUACUUCAGGAUGCCCCACCGGUGUCACGGAAAUCUGCAACACUGCCCGACAAGGUCCCACGCGGUUUGGGAGAUGGUGAUGAACGAGCUGGACCGCAGGGAGGACCCCCAGAACGACGAGUACCUACCGGGUUGUGCCAUGGUGGACUCCUGCAGCAACAUCCUGACCGGGGACCAGUUUUACAACUUCCUGACCCACAACUUCGAGCGCCACUACGACCAGAAUCGGGCUCCUCUGGGUCUGUACUUCCACGCAGCCUGGUUGAAGAACAAUCCCGAAUUCCUGGACGCCUUCCUCUACUGGAUCGACGAGGUCCUGGCGAACCACAAUGACGUGUACUUCGUGACGAUGACCCAGGUGAUCCAAUGGAUCCAGAACCCCCGCACCGUGACGGAAUCCAAGAACUUCGAGCCCUGGAGGGAGAAGUGUGUGGUCGAUGGACCCCCCGCGUGUUGGGUGCCCCAUACGUGCAAGCUCACCUCCAAGGAGGUCCCCGGGGAGACCAUCAAUCUGCAGACCUGCGUGCGCUGCCCCAACAACUAUCCCUGGGUGAACGACCCCACGGGCGAUGGAUUCUUCUAAGGCCCCACGAAGUCCCGUCCUCUCGGUGGUUCCUCGUCUGAGUCGCUCUUUUCUCACCCAAGAAACGCCCGACGCAACACACGGAGUCCCCGGGCCGCGACGUCGUCCCCUGAGGUGCACUUCUUCGUCCCCCAUCCUCGGUCAGGUCGUCCCAGUCGUUCCUAAAACCUACUUCGACGUCUUGUAGGACCUGGACGGGACAUCCAGACUUUCGAGUGGACACCAAGGCUCGGUCCGAGUAGGCAAGGUACCCUCGCUCGAAAUCGAAAAACCUAUAAAAAAGAAAAAAAAACAGAAGGCAAAGCAACUACCUCCAUCAAGGGGUCUCUAAUGGCGGCCAUUACGCGUCCCUCGUAAGGGGUGAAUUUCUCGAUUCUUUCCCCGCACAUAAAUUAGUCUCUCAAAUGAACAUUUUAACCAACACCGAGCUCUUUUUGAGUACAGAAACAGAUCUUGCAAGGUUUCCCCUCAGAAAAUCUCAAAUUUACCCAAAAAGAAAGGGAAACCGCCUUGUAUCCCCAAGUCCCCAAUGGCGGCCAUUACGCGUUCCCCGCUAGGAUCGAAUUUUUCGAUUCCUCCUAUCAAUCAUUCUUUCAAGUGGACAUUAUAACCGACAUCGAGCUCUUUCCAAGCAGCGAAACAGAUCUUGCAAGGUACUCCCUCCAUAAAUCGAGAAUCAUCCCAAAACUAAGGGAAAAGAAACCUACCAUUACGAAACGUCUCUAACGGCGGCCAUUACGAGUAGGCGAAGGCGUCCUCUAAAAAAUCUAAAAAAAAAAUAGAAAAAAACAGCUAGAGUCGUAGAGUAUCCGCAUUGCACAUUCAGGAGGGAAUUUCGCGAAUAUUCCAUCGGGUAUCGAUCGGUCUCAAGGUCGCCUACGGGGAGAUAUCGACUGUCGUUCGAGUCAGGGUCGGAUAGCACGAGGCUUAGCGUGAUGAUAAUAAUCCCCGAGUGUCAUGGCGUCGGUGGGGUGAUAAAAAAAAAUAAGAGAGAAGAAACUCGAGGGUAAAACCGACGCGCAUUUUAACGUAUUCGGCGGGAAAUCCUUAUUCGAAGGGGAAGAGCGAGUGCCUUUUGGAAUUACUCGCAGCCAAUUAACGGCGGAGAGAACACAAGAGGUGCGUCGGUGCAUCUCGAGCGUCGGUUUCCGCGAAUAGAGAAGAGCGACGAGGGGAAGGGAGGAUAAGGGGGGAGAGGAUAAAAAAGCGAGGCCGCGAAAACGACGCGCAAUCCGGACUGUAACGAGCCCGGAUCGUUUUCACUCGGCGCGAUCGGCAUGCGACCUCCAGGGGACUGGAAGCGACCCGAUCACUUUCGAAGCGACGACAUCUUUGAAAGUGACUCUGACGUCACGCGCCCGCAUGCGCGCGCAGCGACACGCGAGAAGAGCCGAGACGGAGAGAGAGAGACAGAGAAAGAGCGACAUAGGGAGAAAGAGUGAGACAGCGGACUCCGGCGAAGUCCGCAAAAGUGAGACUCGAUGUAUUGUAAUAUAAAUCUCCUCCUCCUCCCCCUCAACCCUUCCCGGCGUUCCCCCUGCCCGCCCGAGUCGCCCGACGAACCUAACCUAAAAAGUCCCGGGACUCCCAAGUCUUAGGCGCG